CAGGAAGUGGCAGGCAGUGUUGGGAGAGAGGAGCUGAGAGACAGGAGCUUCACGUGGCAGAAUGAGUGUCCCAGAUUACAUGCAAUGUGCCGAGGACCACCAGACCCUCCUGGUGGUGGUCCAGUACGUGGGGGUCUUAAAAAGUGAGAAUUUCUUCAAGAUCUACAAGCGCAUCUCCUCAGUGUCUCAGGUGAACGUCAACAACUCUCAGCGCGUCCUGUACAUCCGCUAUCGGCAUCAGUACCUGGUGGAGAACAACGACUGGGGAGACUUCCAGACCCAUCGGAAGGUGGUGGGCCUCAUCUGUGUGGCUGAAUGCGGCCUCCCUAACGAGCUGCCCCCCAUAUUCCGGAAAUACGAGCAGAACAAGGAGGUCUACAGCUCCACCCUGUACGACUUCAGGCUCUUUGUAUUUGGGCUGAAGGAAGAGCCGGCCGAUCAGUCCCGGACCGACAGAGCCUUCUACCCCAGCUACGACGACUGUGAGUCCGUGGAGAAGCAGGUGGAGGACUUCAUCCAGUCCUUGCACAUUGUGUUGGAGAGCAAAAGGCUGGACAGGACCAGCGAGAAGUCCGGGGAGAAGAUCCCGCUGCUCUAUGUGCCGUAUGAGAAGAAGGAUUUUGUGGGGCUGGAUCCGGACAGCAGGCAUUACAAGAAGCGGUGUCAGGGUCGUAUGCGGAAACACGUGGGGGAUUUAAGCCUGCAGGCCGGGAUGCUGCAGGACGCCCUCGUCCAUUAUCACAUGGCUGUGGAGCUCCUGCGAGCCGUCAAUGACUUUGUGUGGCUGGGAGCUGCUCUGGAAGGACUCUGCUCAGCGUCUGUGAUACAUCAUUACCCGGCAGGAACAGGCGGGAAGACGGGGGCCCGCCGGACGCAGAAUGUGGCCCCCUCUGCUGAUGCUGGGAAGAGGCACAGACCAGGUGCUCAGGAGGUUCUUAUAGACCCAGGCGCUCUUUCCGCCAACGGGAUAAACAUGGACGCCAGCACAGAGAUUGGACGUGCGAAGAACUGCCUGAGCCCUGACGAUAUCAUCGAGAAGUACAAGGAGGCCAUUUCUUACUAUGAAAAGUCCAAGCCGGCCGGAGUGAUCGAGCUGGAAGCCUGUGUGAAGGCCGUCCGGGUCCUGGCCAUACAGAAGAAGAGCAUGGAGGCCUCAGAGUUUCUGCAGAAUGUGGUCUACAUCAAUCUGCGCCAGCUUUCAGAGGAGGAGAAGAUCCAGCGAUACAGCAUCCUCUCUGAGCUUUAUGAACUCAUUGGCUUCCACCGAAAAUCUGCUUUCUUCAAACGGGUGGCUGCCAUGCAGUGCGUAGCCCCCACAAUCCCAGAGCCCGGGUGGAAGGCAUGCUACAAGCUCCUCCUGGAGACAUUGCCCGGCUACAGCUUAUCUCUGGACCCUAAAGACUUCACCAAAGGUGCGCACAGAGGAUGGGCGGCUGUGCAGAUGCGGUUAUUACACGAGCUGGUCUACGCCUCCCGGAGGAUGGGCAACCCCGCUCUGUGUGUUCGGCAUCUGUCCUUCCUCCUGCAGACUAUGUUGGACUUCCUGUCUGACCAAGAGAAGAAGGACGUGGCGCAGAGCCUGGAGAGCUACACCUCCAAAUGUGCAGGGACCAUGGAAGCCAUUAACCUACCUGAAGGCCUGACGCUGCCUCCUGUGCCCUUCACUAAGCUGCCAAUUGUGAGGUCAGUGAAGCUUCUGAACCUUCCAAUUAUCCUACGGCCACAGAAGGUGAAGAAUUUACUAGGCCAGAAGCUCUAUAAAAGCCCCUUCAUCUACUCCCCGAUCAUUGCCCACAACCGCAGCGAGGAGAAGAACAAGAAAAUCGAUUCUCCACCAUAUUUGUCUCUGAACCCAUUCUAUUUUGAGCUCUCCAGUGGUGUAGGGCAAGGAAUGAGCAGAUUUGUGGCCUUGAGUGAGCUGAAAGGAACCUAA